UAGUGAUGAAUCUACAAAUUCCACCAAGAUGUUCAACUUGUUUGAGAAGACUAUUAAGCAAAUUGGACCGGAAAAAGUUAUACAAGUUGUUACCGAUAAUGCUAGCGAGAAUGUUAAAGCCGGUGACAUGAUAAUGGGUGUGUACCCGCACAUUUAUUGGACUCCAUGUGCUGCACAUUGUAUCAAUUUGAUGUUUGGUGACAUCUUCAAAAUAAACCCGUAUGCUUCAGUUUUUCAGAAGGCCAUUAAGAUACAUUCUUACAUAGCAAUGAGGCCAUUGUUGUUGAACAUGAUGAGAAGAUAUACAAAACAAAGAAAUUUGGUGAAACCGGCUAAGACAAGAUUUGCAACGGCCUUCUUAACUUUGCAAUCUUUUUACAUGCAAAAGAAAAACUUGAGAACUAUGAUCUUCUCAACCGAAUGGACGAAAAAGUAGAUUUGCAAAGGAACUUUUGGGAAAAGAAGUUGUCGGACAUCUUACUUCUACAUCUUUUUGGAAUGAUGUUGUUAGGGCACUUAAAGUUGGUUCUCCUUUGAUAGUAGCGCUUCGCUUGGUGGAUGGAGAAAAAAACCAUCGAUGGGCUAUAUUUAUGAAGCAAUGGAUAGAGCCAAAGAAGCUAUUGAAAAGGGUUUUCAUGGUGAUCGGAAGCAAUAUGAGAAAGUUUUCGAAAUCAUUGAUCGGCGGUGGACGGACCAACUUCAUAGACCUUUGCAUGCAGCAGGCCAUAUUUUGAACCAGGAAUGUUUUACACUAAUUAUCAAAAUAAGACUUUAUCAACAGAAGUGUGGCAAGGUUACCUUGAAUGUGUUGGUAAGAUGGUCCCUAAUGGAACACAAGAUGCUCUCAUCAAAGAGCUUCAUAUGUAUAAACAUGCAAUGGGGACUUUUGGUAUGCCUCAGGCUAUAAGAAACAGAGACAAAACAUCCCCUUGUAAGUGGGUUGAUUUAGUUAUUUUUAUAGCUUUACUUAAGUUAUUUGACUUAUUUAUAAUUAUUAAACCUUUAAUUUUUUUUUUAUAGCUGAAUGGUGGUCGGUAUUUGGUAAUCAUACCCCAAACUUGCAACGACUUGCCAUAAGAGUAUUAAGUUUAACUUGUAGCGCAUCCGGAUGCGAGAGAAAUUGGAGCGUGUUUGAACAUGUGAGAAGAAGAUUUAUUAUAUUCUAAUUUCUAAAU